AUGUCACUUUUGAGACUCUGUACCUUUCCAAAGUGUCUGAGUGGUCGCAUACUGUUGGAAAGAAGUGUUCGUCGUGUGUCAAAUGUUGACCAUUGCCUUACAAUCCAGAAUAACGUUGAAAGGCAAAUAUCAGGUAUGUUUCCUCGCUAUCUAGCUACUUACUGUAUGUCAAGCCAAGGGGACGGGUGCACCACGAGACAGUGCUGUGCUGGAACUCUCAUGACUAGUUAUAAUAUCCUUGGAAUAUUUGGUAUCUCUCGAUCGCUAUCUACUAGUAAUGUAUUAUAAUAUAUAAAUUGAUUUACCAGCUGUAGUUGACCAGCCAUUACAUACCCAUCCUCAAUUCUCAUCCUGUAGAGAUUUUAAAGCCAAGUUUGUAAACGCAGAGAUAUAUGUUAAUGAGGUAAAUUACUGUAUUUACAGCUUACGUAACUAUAUUAAGUUAUCAUGUCAUUUUAUGAACUUGCAUAUUAUGAACUUGCAGGUCGUUGCCUGACAACGUAAAUGCAAUAUUUGCUCAAUCGUAUUUCUAAACCUCAACACGAAUUGGCAUCUGAUCAGUGUGCCAGUUUUUGUCAAAGAAAAGCUGACAAUACCUACUUCUUGCAGAGCCACCAUGGACAUCACAACGAAGACAUUUCUCAGCUCUGAUUCCAAAGAAAGAAGAUAGGAAAAAACGAGUAUGGGAACAAUCUCAGCUGCUGGAUGGUGCGUAUUCAUAGGCCUACUUGCUUUUCUAGGUUUGGAAAUGGUCAAUGGCUUUACAUUUUAAAUGGUGUUCUUAGCAUGCAUGAGAUACCUCAAAUCCUUAUGUUGAUUUUCUAUCGGAUUAUUUUACUAUUUUCUCUCUCCCCUUCCUCUUUGCAGUGCUUGAAACCAGGAUCCAGCAACUCCAAUCUGACAUCAUUGUAGAUGUCCAACAUGUAAAGGUGCAAUUUGUCAAAGCUUCUAAGUCAGGGACUGGGGCUUCUUCAGGGAACAGUCCCAAUAAUGUGUCUGGGGAGAGAACAGAGGUGUCCAAGGCGGGACAGACUAUUAGUAAGGGAGGGGGACAGACUGGUAAAGGAGGGGGAAAAGAUGCCUCAGCCUCCAAAUCCCGCUGGAUGGAGAAACUAAGCCAGGAGAAGAAGACUAAAACAAAGAAACUGAAGCAGCAGCUAGGCAUAGAGGAUAAACCUGUGAAAAGCAGCAAAGGCAAACUGAUGCUACCAGGUACCUCACAUAAAACCAUAUCGACAAAAGCAGGAAUAAAGACUGUAUCAACUGCUAAAAAGAGCAAAACUCUGAAAAACCAAGAGCACACCAUGGCAGCUGCAAACCAAGAGCACACUAUGGCAGCUGCACCGGUUGCUGCUGCUACUGUGCCUCUUAGAAAAGCCAAAGGGAAGGGGAAAGCCUCGAAGGAGCCGGCUCCUGAGUUGUCAGAAGCCAAGGCCAGGACCAAGGAGCUGGCUGAGCUGGAGGAGCUGGAGAGAAAGGCUGAGGCCAAGGCCCGGGAGCUGGCAGAGGUGGAAGAGCUGGAGAGGAAGCUGAACCAGUGGGCUGUGUCGGCCAGCCCUGAGCACGUGCAGGAUAACAGCGAGGCCAGAGUGUACGGGGAUGUCCACCGUAGUGUCCGCUGUUACCUGGAGGCCUGUGUGUUCUGUGGGGACAUCGACCGAGCCCACCAUUUUCUGCUCAGCCACCACCGUAUGGUCAGCCGGCGCAACCUGCUCAACAUAGGACUCUACAACAUCAUGAUGAGGGUCUGGGCCAAGAAGGUAAGUGCUGCUCACCUGUAUUUCUAUGGCAUGUGGUAUAUUUUAGAGACUUUAAUUAUGCAGGGCCUCCCCAUGUGGAAUAUAAGAUAGAGUGUGUCUCUCCUUGUUGUAUUCCAGGGCUCUUUAAACCAGAUUGGCCGUAUGUUCAUUCUGGUAGAAGAGGCUGGUCUGAAGCCUAACCUCAGCUCCUACUGUGCUGCUCUGGAGUGUAUGGGCCGAACCCCUAACUGUUCUCCACGUGUCAUCAAC